ACCGCGUUUAUUUAUUGAAUCAACGCUCCAUCCUCACCUCCAGAUUUACUCUAUACCCACUUAUCUACUAUACAUACACACAGUAUAAGAUGGCUGCUGUUUCUCGUGAUCCAGAAAUCGUUAAAUCGAGAUCUUACACCUACUUUGAUGUGUCGGUGGGUGACAAGCCUGCCGGUCGGAUUGUCUUUGAACUUUAUAAUGAUGUCGUCCCCAAAACCGUGGAGAACUUCAGAGCGCUCUGCACGGGCGAGAAAGGCAUCGGCGAAGCUGGCAAGCCAUUGUAUUAUAAAGGCUCGGGAUUCCAUCGGAUCAUCAAGAAGUUUAUGAUCCAGGGCGGUGAUUUCACUGCUGGCAAUGGCACCGGAGGCGAGUCGAUCUACGGCGAUCGAUUUGACGACGAGGACUUUGAGUUGAAACACACAUCUCCAUUCCUCCUCUCAAUGGCCAACGCAGGACCAAACACCAACGGCUCGCAAUUCUUCAUCACGACCGUCAAGACCCCCCAUCUCGACGGCAAGCACGUUGUCUUUGGCCAGGUAUUGGUGGGCAAGUCAAUUGUGCGCAUGCUCGAAUCGCAGGCUGUCGACUCGGGCGAUAAACCGCUUGUUCCGUGCGUGAUUUCGGAUUGUGGUCAGUUGACCUACGAAGAAGCCAUGGAGGCUAAGAGUGCGAGCCAGGAUGGGUCUGGCGACACGCUCGAGGAUUAUCCCGAGGACGAGGAGGAGAUUAAGGGUGACAAGCGAACGACCGAGCAGCUGCUGCAGCUUGCUACGCAGAUCAAGGAGAUUGGUACGAAGCUGUUUAAAGAGCAGCAGUACGCUCUCUCGCUCGAAAAGCACGCAAAGGCCCUCCGAUACCUCAACUACUUCUCGCCCGAUGACAAAGAAGCCACUGCUCCGCUAUUCGACAAGCUCAAGAUCAGCGUCCUGCUCAACAUGGCGCUUAUCCAGCUCCGCCUCGAGCAGCCAUACGACGCGGUCAAGUCGGCCAGCAACGCGCUGCUGGUCGAGGGAAUCACCGACGCAGACAAGGCGAAGGCGUACUACCGUCGUGGAGUUGGUCAUUUGAGAAGCAAGAAUGAGGAGGACGCGGUCGAGAGCUUGAGUGAGGCGUUGAAGCUUGCGCCGGGCGAUAAGGCGAUUGUGAAGGAGUUGGAGAAUGCAAAGCAUCGGAUUGCGGAGAAGAAGAGGAAGGAGCGGGCUGCAUAUGCUGGUUUCUUUAGCAAGAAGUAAAAGUAAAUAUUGUUUAUCUAGUACAUAAUCAUUAUAAUCAUUAGUUAUCCAUA